AUGUCAAAAAUCAAACUUAUUUCAUCUGAUAAUGAAGAAUUUACUGUCGAUCGACCUGUUGCUGGAAAAAGCAUGUUGAUCAACAAUAUGCUGGAAGAUGUUGGUGAAUUGAACGUCCCAAUUCCUUUGCCAAACGUUUCUUCCAACGUAUUAAGAAAGGUGCUCGAAUGGUGUGAACACCACAAGAAUGAUUUGUACUCCAAUACUGAGGAAGAAAGUGAUAUUCGACUCAAAAAGUCAACGGAUAUCGAUGAAUGGGACAAGAAGUUUAUGUCGGUUGACCAGGAAAUGCUCUUUGAAAUUAUUUUGGCUAGCAACUAUCUCGAUAUAAAGCCACUGCUAGAUACUGGCUGUAAAACAGUAGCAAACAUGAUUCGUGGAAAAAGCCCUGAAGACAUUCGUAAAACCUUCAAUAUUCCCAAUGACUUUACGCCUGAAGAAGAGGAGCAAAUCCGUAAAGAAAACGAAUGGGCCGAAGAUAGGUAA